AUGUUUUACAGUCACGAGAUCCUGACCAACCGCCAGUACGGCGUUGCCACUAUCUGGCUUGUAGCCACCAUAGGAAAUAGAUCAGCCUCCAGAAAAGUUACUCGGAAGGCGAUCCAGGAAGUUGAUGUCCAGAAGGCAUGCGGCAAAAUCAGCGAGCCUGGCGCACCUGUUGCCUUGAGACUCCAGGGACAUCUUCUCUAUGGCGUGUCUCGUGUCUACAGUCAGCAAUGUGCGUAUAUGCUGGCGGAUGUGCAGAAAAUCCAGAUGCACAUGCACCUAUUCUUCAAGAGCUUCGGUUCGAAUGAGCUCGACUCGGAUGCCGGCCAAGCAAGGCCGGAGAACCUUCUGAUCACCAACGAUCCCGACUUUUUCCCUGACGAACGACUUCCCCAGUUUGACCUUAAUGCUCUUGUGGCCGGCAGCCAAGUCACCAACAAGACUUCUUCCCAAAUGUCGCCUCCCAAUACACUCCUCUCAGGCGCUAGUAUGCAGGGAAUAGACUUCCCCGUACGGCUCAACCUUCAGCACUCAGACUCUCUCGGUCCCCUUAGCUCUCCUUUUGGCCUUCGGGGUCUUUCGUCUUCACAAAAACCGGACAGCGGCGAGAUAUUUCCCCAACAAGAUGACGAGCUUGCCAGCUUCGGCGAUUGGGGGAUGGAAAUCGAUGAGCACGGAAACGUAAUUGAGUUUGGAGAACCCGCUAUAGCCGAAGGAGAGCCCGAUCUACCUCCACUUCGUCGAAGGCACGGUGUAGAAGUCGAGGCCGAUGCCGAGCAGCAAGUUCGACGACACGUUGAUGAACAGGAAGAUAUAGUUAUGGGGGGUGAAGCACCACAGCAAGUGCUCCAGCAAGCGCGGCGGGGAGCAGGAGAUAUGUUAGAACGUGCGGUCCUAGACGACGAUGGUGCCUCCGCCGGUGCUCACCGUCAUACACGAUCUCGACGGACUAGAAAGGUGCAUCCUGUCCAAGUUGAUGAAGAGACACAGGUUUCAAGAGAGACGUUGAGACAAUGGCAAACGGACUACCUGGAGAACUGUGGUGUCAAGAAUGUACGGGCAACCAGCGCCGCCCAGGCGAGGACGAAUGCGAUGCUUCUUACAUUUGGCCUUGGAAUUGGCAACGUGGGCCAGAACGUCGGCAUUCCUGGACUGGUUCACCCACUUUCUCGUCAAUUCUCCGGCGACUCGUUAUUCACCGCUCUCACUGGGCUUAAUGUGCCGAAGGCGCCCCGUGGUAGACGUCGGACUGCAUCCGAAGCUGGGAAGGAUGAUGAACAAGAGCAAUCGGAACGUCGCGUUAGACCGCGACUCUCCGAUGACGCCGAUCAGCAAGGUCGCGGCACAGGGGGCCAAGAUGUCAUACAUCGCUUUAGCUCCCCUGAGAUUGGUCGAGAAGCCCAGGCACCCAUGUCCGAUCAACCAUCCUCAGGUGUUCCCGCUCCUUGGAAUAGAGGCUCCUCUGCCGUGCCCGGCUCGUCGAUUCGCGGUUCCGCCCAAAAAGGUCGCAUUGUGUCUAGCCCACUCGGAAACCGUGGCGACAUCCAAGACAUAGUGCGUUACAGCGACGACCCAGCUAUGGUAUUCGAUGAUAGCGGACUUGGAAUCGGCGGCCUUCAGUCGUUGGACACGUCAUUUGGGGCCGAAUUGCAAGGGCGUCGAGACGACGGAGACGAGCAGAGGCAGAGCCAGCAGCAGGUUCCUGAUCUCGACGCCGAGUCUCGGAAUUUCCUCUCUUUCAUGGAGACGGCGGUCCGCGAUCACGGCGAGCACCGCCGAGACGAGGACUUCGAGAUGAACCGCAAGUGGGUCGCGUUCGACGACGUGUUCGUGUCUGGCGAGACGGCCCGCGCCACGGCGGCGCAGGCCUUCUACUACGUGCUCUACCUGGCGAGCGCAGGUAGGAUGUAUGUGAUGCAGGAAGGAACGUUGCCGGGCGAGCCCUUCGGCGGCAUCUGGGCCGGCCUGAAGCAUUACUAA